GGCGAAUCCGCCGGUACCGAGGUCGAAGCGCGACUCCGGCUGCUGGGCGCACGGUGGCACCUGAGGCUAGGAAACUGCAGAUACUGUUGUGUGUGCAGCUUUGCACACAGUGUCUCUGUGGAAGGGCACGUUUACGAGCUGGUAAUGGAGCACUGUGUCUGCUCCAUCUGAUUUGUCUUAAUUGUCACCUGAAACUCCACCCCAUUUGUUGACUCAAGCUCUGCCAUCUAAGGACUCUUUCCUUGCCCUAAAGAGAAACUCAGAGAACCUGUCAGCUGCUGAAAUUCUACAAGCCAUGUCCCUCGGAUCAGAACUGUUCAGGGAUGUGGCCAUAUUUUUCUCCCAAGAUGAAUGGGAAUGGCUGAAGCCUGAUCAGAGGGAUUUGUACAGAGAUGUGAUGUUAGAGACUUACAGCAACCUGGUCUCACUGGGUCUUACCAUAUCAAAGCCCGAUGUGAUUUCCUUCUUGGAGCAAGGCAAGGAGCCCUGGAUAGAAGAAAGGGUGACAACAGGAAGCUCGUGUCCAGUGUUGAAUUCCAACUACAGUGUCAAAGCAUCAUCUCCAGAGCAGCACAUUUAUGAGGUAGAAUCACCCCAGUGGGAGAUACUGCAAAGCCUCACAAGCUAUGGUCUUGAGUGCUCACAUUCCCAAGGUGAUUGGGAAUGCAAAAGCCACUCCGAAAGACAACCAGGAAAUACAGACAGACAUUUCAGCCAAGUAUUUAUCCACCAUGAAGAAAUGCCCACUUACAACCAGCCAGCAUCCCUUGCUUUUUAUCAGAAAAUUCAUACUGGAGGAAAACCCUAUGGACACAAGAAAUGUAGGGAAGACUUCUGGCGAGAAGAAUUCCUUCUUAGUCAUCAAGAAAUUCACACUAACGAGAAGCCCUAUAAAUGUAAGGAGUGUGGCAAGGCCUUUAAAUAUGGCUCACGACUCACUCAACAUGAGAACAUUCAUUCUGGCAAGAAGCCCUAUGAGUGCAAGGAAUGUGGAAAGGCCUUCAAUUCUGGCUCAAAUUUCAUACAGCACCAGAGAGUUCACACUGGUGAGAAGCCUUAUGAGUGUAAGGAUUGUGCGAAAGCCUUCAGCCGAAGCUCACAGUUGAUUGAGCAUCAGCGAAUUCACACUGGUGAGAAACCCUAUCAGUGCAGGGAAUGCAGCAAGGCCUUCAAUCGGAUCUCACAUCUUAAAGUACAUUACAGAAUUCAUACUGGUGAAAAACCCUAUGCGUGUAAGGACUGUGGGAAGACCUUCAGUCACCGGUCUCAGUUGAUUCAGCAUCAGACUAUUCAUACUGGCAAGAAGCUCUAUGAGUGUAAGGAGUGUGGGAAGGCCUUUAAUCAAGGGUCCACUCUGAUUCGCCAUCAGAGAAUUCACACAGGUGAGAAGCCCUAUGAAUGUAAGAUUUGUGGAAAGACCUUUAGAGUGAGCUCACAACUUAAGCAACAUCAGAGAAUUCACACAGGAGAGAAGCCCUACCAGUGUAAGGUAUGCAGUAGGGCCUUCAAGCGGGUCUCCCAUCUCACAGUACAUUACAGAAUUCACACAGGUGAGAAGCCAUAUGAGUGUAAGGACUGUGGGAAGGCUUUUAGUCAUUGCUCACAACUGCUUCACCAUCAGGUGACUCAUAGCGAGGAAAAGCCCCGUGACUAUCAGGCGUGUGGGAGGCCCUUACGUCACGAUUCAACUGCUGUUCAACACCAGACACUGCGCAGUAGAGAAACACACGUGAACAUAAUAAAUGUAGAAAAGCCUGCCAUCACCACUUACCCAUUGUUAAUCAUCAGAGAACUUAUGUUGGCAAACAGCCACAUGAAUGGAAGUGAUUGUAACAGCCCACUGGCUUAGGCUAACCACAACUUAUUCCUACAUCUUGAGAAAUUCCAGGGUACACUGCAAGUGAGAAUGCUCAGUCAGAGUUUACCCUAAGUUAGUAAAUCCAUAUGAAGUUUUUAUGAGGUGUUUUGACCACAUUUAUCAAAGCAACAGGGAAAGACUAGCAAAACAGUUUUCUUUAACAGAGGCCAAAAUCACAUUCUCUAAUCACAGCUUAUUAAUUGUAACCAGAGCCUAGAGUGUUUGUGUUCUCUGGAGAGAACAAAAAUCCAGCCAAAUUAUUGUUGGGAUGACAAUGAAAUCAUAUCGAUACCAUGGAAUAAGAAUAAGUUGACAAAUUUACAUGCCAGGGGAGGAGGGACAUAGCCAAAGCUAUACCCAGAGAAAUUGUUACAGUCUUUUUCUUCUUUUUUUGUGGACUGGGGCUUGAACUCAGGGCCUACACCUUGAGCCACUCCACCAGACUUUUUUUUGUG